AAAAAAAAAAAACAAAAAGAGGAAAACUUAAAAAAAGUAGAAGAGAGAGAACAGGGACCGUGUGGAUGGAGUUCCUCGCCAUCUCUACAACUGCUUCUUCUUCUUCUUCUUCAUUCCCUCACUUCCCCAUUUCUAGCUUCUUCAAAAACCCUAAUUCAAAUCUAAUUUCCACUACUUCUUCGGUGUUACAGUGGAAGUACCUGCCUGUAAAAGUUCUAAGAAAUAAAUUUCAUGGACCACUUAUGUGCAUGAGGAUUGAUACAAGUAACGGACCUAGAAAUGGUAGGGAUAGUGAUGGAGGUUAUGCAUGGAAUUUCUUGCUUCAGCACAAACGGAGACUUUGUAAAAGGUUUACUUCUCAGUAUGGUUUGUUCUCUGAAAGUUACAAAUGCAUUCCCAAAUUCUGGAAAUAUGCUGGUAGUCUUUGUAAAUUGAUGAACCGUUCAGAAAUUAGACAGAAAGUAUCUGUUCAUUUUGGCCGAUUGGUUGUUGGGGUGAUGUUGGUCAUGUCACUUUCUGUUGCUGUUAGCAAGACACCAUCCGCCGCCCUCACCGAGGAGAAUCUUCUCUUCUUAGAGGCGUGGAGAACAAUUGAUCGUGCAUAUGUUGACAAAACUUUUAAUGGACAAAGUUGGUUUCGGUAUAGAGAAGAUGCACUUCGCAAUGAACCAAUGAACACAAGAGAAGAGACAUAUAUGGCAAUAAAGAAGAUGCUUGCCACACUUGAUGAUCCUUUCACUCGAUUUUUGGAGCCUGAAAAGUUCAAGAGUUUGCAGUCUGGAACUCAAGGUGCUCUUACCGGUGUAGGGCUUUCAAUUGGCUACCCUACAAAAUUUGAUGGAUCACCUGCUGGUCUUGUUGUUAUCUCAGCUGCUCCAGGAGGCCCUGCAAACAAAGCUGGUGUCUUGUCUGGGGAUAUUAUUCUGGCAAUUGAUGAUACAAGUACGGAAACAAUGGGUAUAUAUGAUGCAGCGGAUCGUUUACAGGGUCCUGAAGGAAGCUCAGUGAAAUUGACCAUUCAAAGUGGACCUGAAAUAAAGCACCUGGAUUUAGUGCGUGAGAAGGUUCAACUGAACCCGGUGAAAUCAAGACUAUGCAAGGUGCCCGAUGCAGGGGACAAUUCGCCUAGGAUUGGUUAUAUCAAGCUAACUUCAUUCAAUCAAAAUGCAUCUGGACUUGCAUUCUAUUUAGGUGCUGUCAAGGAAGCAGUUGAUGCUUUACGAUCUAACAAUGUCAAUGCCUUUGUGUUGGACCUUCGGGAUAACAGUGGUGGGCUUUUCCCAGAAGGAAUCGAGAUUGCCAAGAUUUGGUUGGAUAAAGGUGUCAUUGUUUACAUUUGUGAUAGUCGCGGUGUACGUGAUAUAUACGACACAGAUGGAAGCAGUGCAAUGGCAGCUUCAGAACCCCUUGCUGUGCUGGUGAAUAAAGGAACUGCUAGUGCAAGUGAAAUCUUAGCCGGUGCAUUGAAAGACAAUAAACGAGCCGUGGUGUUUGGAGAACCCACAUUUGGCAAAGGCAAGAUCCAGUCCGUUUUUAAGCUUUCUGAUGGCUCUGGCUUGGCUGUCACUGUUGCUCGUUACGAGACGCCUGCUCACGCAGACAUCGACAAGGUCGGAGUAAUUCCAGACCAUCCCUUGCCAACAUUAUUUCCCAAGGAUGAGGACAGUUUUUGUAGCUGCAUACAGGACCCUGCAUCUGGUUGCUAUGUCAACAGAGGCCAGCUAUUUUCAAGAUGACAGUAUUUUCUGUGUGCACUAACAGGAAGGUAACAAUUUUUUAGGGAAUGUAAUGUAGUAAAACAUUCUUUUGAGGGUUCAUCAAUUUGUUAUCAUCUCAGUGUGUGUAGCUGGAAAGCCCUCCUCCACAACAGGAAAAAUACAAACAUUGAAUUUUAUUUUAUUUUUUAAAUUUGUUUU